AUGCAAUUAACGUAUAUAAUUGCUAGAAAUAUGUAUAUAAAUUAUUAUACACAUGUAAAUUCAUUUGUGGAGUAUAAACAGAAAUUGGAAGUUUGUGAUGAAAAUUGCACUUCGUUAAUGGAUUCAUACUGUAAACAAGUGGAUAGUAAAUUUCUUGAAAUAAGUUAUUUUUCUGAAAAUUGUCCUAAAGCUAUUUCUUUUUUAGAAGUUCAGGGAGUAGACAAUAUUGAAAGUCUAAGAAAUAUACGUUGUUUAUAUUUGUAUUUUUGGAUAUUUUAUGUACUUUAUAAAGGAAUAAACGAAUAUGACAAAAUAAAAAAACUAUUCGAAGGAUUCCUGGAGGCUUAUGCGAAAUACGAUAAAUCUAUUUGCGAAUAUUACAAGACAAAUAUAACGAGCGAUUUAUUAGAAAAACUGAAAGAUAUACAUGAUAUGAAUAGUAAGAUUAAAUCCAUUAGUGAAGACAGUGAAUCAUGUAAAGUAGAUAAAUGCAAAUGUGCCAAGGAGUGUUAUGAUAUAUAUAGAAAGUACGAGGAUAUAUGCAAUUCAAACAGUGAUAACAAUUUUUGUGAUGCAUUAAACAAUAUUAAAGAACAGUAUGGUCAAUUAAUGAAAACACAGAAUUGUAAUAAUGGAGCACCAAAAAUGUUACGUUCAUUCCAAAAGAAUAAUAUAACAGUACCUAUUGUAUCUACAAUUCUUGUCAUAUUAGUAAUACUUAUAUCCUUAUUUAUUUUAUAUAAGUUUACCCCAUAUAACUCAUGCUUUAGACGAGUAUUAAGAAGGGAAAAAAAUAGAUGGAAUAAUAGAGGUGAAUAUUAUAAUAUGUUACAGUCUUACAAAAGUGUGAGUACUACUCCUAAGAAGAGUGGACACAAUAUUAUAUAUCGUACAGUUUAA